UGGCUCUCAUCGCUUUUCUCAGACUGGAAUCCAUUGAACUCCUUCUACUACCGUGCAAUGGAUCAACUAAAGAAAACUUUCGCCCGGUGUGCGCAGGAGGGCCGGCCAGCCCUUGUGACCUAUGUCACGGCUGGCUUCCCUACGGCAACAGAGACUCCAGACAUUAUGCUUGCAAUGCAGGCUGGAGGAGCAGAUGUCAUUGAACUCGGUCUCCCCUUCACGGAUCCUAUUGCCGACGGCCCUACCAUUCAAAUGUCGAACCUUAAGGCGCUCGAUAACGGUGUCACCAUAUCCUCUAUGCUGCAGAUGGUUAAGCAUGCCCGUCAAAGAGGCCUACACGUUCCAGUUCUCUUCAUGGGUUACUAUAACCCGAUUAUGCGUUAUGGGGAAUCCGAGCUCCUCGCUGCGAGCAGGACAGCGGGGGUGGAUGGCUUCAUCAUUGUAGACCUACCUCCCGAGGAAGCUGUUCGAUUUCGGAACCAGUGUAGAGAUGCUGGUCUUUCCUACGUCCCAUUGAUAGCCCCGUCGACCACAGAGGACCGCAUGAAAACUCUCUGCGGAAUUGCCGAUUCCUUUAUAUAUCUUGUCUCCAGAAUGGGUGUCACUGGUGUCACUGGCACUCUGAGCCACGAUCUCCCGGAGCUGAUGAAGCGCGUGAAGCAUCUUUCUGGCGGAGUACCGGUGGCUGUUGGCUUCGGCGUCAGCACCCGUGAACAGUUCCUCGGUGUCACAUCUGUAGCAGACGGUGCCGUCAUUGGUAGUGAGAUAAUCACCCAGCUGGCGAACGCUCCUGCAGGCCAGGGUGCAGCUAUCAUCCAAGACUACUGCUCUCAGAUUACAUGCCGGACAAUCGAGCCAACCGAACCUCACUCUGUCCCAGAGGACACUCACCCAUCUUCGUCAUCAUCCAGCCUCCCUGUCUCAGGCCAGUCAACAGAAGCAUCCAAGCCCGGCCGCUUCGGCACCUUCGGCGGCCAAUACGUACCGGAAGCCCUAACGACAUGUCUCAACGAACUAGAAGCCGGGUUCAAUGCCGCCAUCGACGACCCAACCUUCUGGGCUGAAUACCGUUCCUACUACCCUUACAUCGGACGGCCCUCAUCCCUACACCAAGCCCCACGCCUCACCUCCCACGCCGGAGGCGCUACCAUCUGGCUAAAGCGCGAAGACCUCAACCACACCGGCUCACACAAGAUCAACAACGCCCUCGGCCAGAUCCUUCUCGCCCGCCGACUCGGCAAGACCGAGAUCAUCGCCGAAACAGGAGCCGGCCAACACGGCGUAGCAACCGCCACCGUAUGCGCCAAAUUCGGCAUGAAAUGCACCGUAUACAUGGGCUCCGAAGACGUCCGCCGCCAGGCUCUCAACGUCUUCCGGAUGCGCCUCCUCGGCGCCACCGUCAUCCCCGUAGAAUCCGGGUCCCGCACACUCCGGGACGCCGUCAACGAAGCCUUUCGCGCAUGGAUCACACGCCUUAACACAACCCACUACAUCAUCGGCUCGGCCAUCGGUCCACACCCCUUCCCUACAAUCGUCCGCACCUUCCAAUCCAUCAUCGGCCAGGAAACCAAAACCCAGCUGGCGCAGCAAAUCAAUCGUCUCCCUGACGCAGUGGUCGCCUGUGUAGGCGGUGGCUCUAACGCAGUCGGCAUGUUCUACCCUUUCUCUGAAGACCCGUCUGUCCAGUUAAUCGGCGUGGAAGCCGGCGGCGAUGGUACCACCGGCCCCGAACACCACUGCGCUACCUUAUCCUCUGGGUCUGGCUCGGUGGGUGUGUUCCAUGGAGUGCGGACGUACGUACUUCAGAACGAACACGGGCAGAUCUCCGGUACACAUUCCGUGUCUGCGGGGCUGGAUUAUCCUGGAGUUGGACCGGAAUUGGCGCAUUGGAAGGAGGUGGGCAGAGCGAGGUUCAUCUCGGCGACGGAUGACGAGGCGCUGGAGGGGUUGAAGUUGUUGUGUCGGUUGGAGGGGAUUUUGCCGGCGUUGGAGACGGCGCAUGCCAUUGCGAAGGUGGUGGAUGUGGCGAGGGAGGUCGGGGUGGGUGGUCAUGUUGUGUUGUGUGUUAGUGGGAGGGGGGAUAAGGAUGUUGAUACGGUUAUGGGGGUGGAGGGGAUGGCUUAG